AUGGAACAACUGUCUUCGAGAUUCCAAACAAAAAAAGUUAUAUUGAUUUGGUUAUUUUUAAAAAAUUUUUUUCUUUUUAGAAAUGCUAGUCCCAUUGGUCCGUGGUUAAGAACUUCUCGUUCACACGAAUCUUUGUUGUCAAGUCAAUCACAGAGCAUCAUGCAAUCAUUAGACCUAAGUAACGGCAGCUGUGUCGAAAUAAAACCGUUGCAUCCGUCGGUUUUGGGUAGAGAGAACUGUUUCCAAGUUACUUUGCCAGCUGGAAACACUCGGUACUUUUCAUGUCGAACUGGUGAAGAAUGUGACAAAUGGGUGUACAGUUUGAGGAAGUCAGUAGUACCCGAUCAAGAACACAUUCGCCGUACAGAAAAUUCCCUUAAAAUUAGGAUUUUAAAAGCAAAAGGAUUAGUAAAUAAGAAGAAAUACUUCUGCAAACUAUGCUUGGAUAAAACCCUAUUUGCACGGACAUCGUCUAAACAAAAAUCUGAGUUAUGCUUUUGGGUAGAACAUUUCGAUUUUAGUAGUUUGCCUCAAGUGAAUGUAAUAAACAUACACUUAUAUAGAGAAGGAGAAAGAAAAAAAAAGAAAGACAAGAGUUUCUUAGUAGGUACCGUCAGUAUUCCAGUUCAUGAUGUUACUUCGAGAUUUCUUACUGAAAAAUGGUAUCCGGUGGUAACUGAAAAAAACUUAAAGGAUCCACCAUCUUUAAGAGUAAAAUGCCGAUUUCAAAGUGUUGAUAUCUUACCUAUUCAAAUUUAUCAAGAAUUCUUACAGUAUUUGUGUACUGAUUAUAAAACAAUCUGUGAAAUUCCCGCUUGCAAAAUAUUGGAACCUGUUGUUGGAGUCAAGACCAAAGAAGAUAUUGCAACUGCUUUGGUUCAUGUUAUGCAAAAACAAAAUUUAGCUAAAGAGUUUUUAUCUGACAUAGUAAUGAUGGAUAUUGAAAAAGUUGAAGAUGAUCUAUUAACAUUCAGAGGAAAUUCAUUAGCUACUAAAGCUAUGGAAGCAUAUUUAAAACUAAGAGGAGAGAAAUAUUUGCAUGAAACUGUUGGAGAACUUGUGUCUAAUUUAUUACAAGCUGGAUUUGAUUGUGAAGUUGAUCCUUUAAAAGCUGGUAGUUCAUCAAACUUAGUUAAGCAGCAAGCAAAUUUAAGACACGCUGUUGAAACUACAUGGAAUAGAAUAUUAUCCUCACACACUUCAUUUUCAUUUGAACUUCGUGGGUGCUUCACAAGGUUCAGGGAACGUAUGAAUCAUGAAACUGAAAAUGAAACUGGACGUCAUGACAUAAAUGAUAAUUUGAUAUCAGCUUGUAUAUUCUUAAGGUUCUUGUGUCCAGCCAUUCUAUCACCUAGUUUGUUUAAUAUUACUCAUGAAUACCCUAACGAAAAGGCAGCAAGAAAUUUAACUCUUGUUGCAACGACUUUACAAACAUUAGCUAAUUUUACGAGAUUUCAAGGAAAGGAGAACUUUAUGGAAUUUAUGAAUGAUUUUUUAGAACGUGAAGCUGUUUCAAUGAAAUCCUUCUUGAAAAUAAUUUCUAGUCCUAUACCAAAUGGUUACUCUACACCGCAAACUCAUUCAACAGAAUUUGAUGGACAUAUUGAUCUUGGUAAACAGCUCAGUAUACUUCAUACAUUACUCCUUGAGUGUGCUGAUAAAAUUUCUCCUGUACGUUUACAAGAGGUAGAUAAGCUGCAUAAAAUACUGGAAACAGUGCAAAUAGCUUUAGCUCAGCCACCUAAUGGAAGAACACCUUUAAAUUGUAUUGAAAAUCAACCAUUUGAACAAAAUAAUACCUAUCAACCAGUAUUUCAUCAAAAUAUAUUCAGGUAUAAUGAUCCAACUUCUAAAGAUGACCAAAAAUUAUACGGUUCAACACAAGGAACUUCUUUAAAUAGCACUAAUAAUUUAGUGGGUAGUUCAACUCUAUUAUGUGAAAAACACUCAUUGACUAAUACCCCGCGAGCUUCAACAUUACCUCGUAAUGCAUUCUUUUCGUCAAAUCCAAGCUCUCCAAAUCUACAGUUAUGCCCUAAAAUGAAGUAUGAUGAGCCUUUAACAAAUUAUAAUGGCUAUUCAUCACAUCAUCAAAAUAAUGGUCAUAAUUCAUGUGUUGAAAUGGAUCAGCAACAAAAAGGAAGCCAAAUGUCAAUUUCUACUCUGUCAAAUGUGGCAUCAUCAGGGUAUCAAAGUUUUACUGCAUAUAGUCAGAGUUCAAGUUCAGUUGAUUUGACCACCAACAAUAAACCACCAGUAGCUAAUAGUAAUCCCACCCUACCUCCUUUAGCAUUUGUUAACCCACUUUAUCAACACCACCACCAUCAUCAUCAUCACCACCAUCAUCAGAGAAAACAAAGACCUCGAUCAUGUAGUUCAUCAGAUGAUGAAAACAUACCAACUACUGAUAAAAUCUCCCAAGUUGCUCCAAGAUUUUUGCCACCUUAUCGUGCCCCAAGAAACAAUCCUCAGUGUAAUGGUGGUACAGCUAGGUCUAUGGCCUGGAAAUGGUCUCCUAAUAAAGUUAAGGGUAUUAAUACCAACUUGAAAUGUGUAUCUGAUGCUAAAAUAGUAAGUUCGAUUGAAAAGCCACUUAGAAGACGUGUUUCUUUAGAUUCCAGUCGUGGAAUGUCAGAAAAUUCUUCUGAAGAUGAUGAUACAAGAAACCAAAAUAUUACAAAUAAUUUAAAAACAAAUCGAACUAUUGAUAAAUUAAAUUACCAGAAAGAAAUUGAACGGCAGCAGACCAACAUACAGAUACUUAAAUUAAAGUUAGAGCAAGCAAAUAGUCAACUACAAUCUGAACCAAACUCGCCAGAAAUAAUUGAUAAUGAACCGGAUAAUAUGAAAAAUAUAAUUGCAAGAUUGAUGUCUGUAGAAGAUGAACUUAGACGAAAACAGCGUAAAAUAUCUGAUACUUUAACACAUAAACAACGAGUUAUUGAGGCACAAGAACAUCAAAUUGCUGCAUUGGAUGCAGCCAACAACAGGUUAUUAAAUGCUUUAAGUCAUUUAAAAGAACAACAUCAGGUUAACAACAAAACCAAUAGUCCAAGUCCAAGUAUUAACCAUCGACUUCUUGCUGAUUUAGGCGAGUUAAAGAGUUCAUUAUGUUAAAAAUGUUCAUUUAUAAAAUGAAUAUUAACAAUUCAUUCUACUAUAAGGAAUAGUGAAUCUGUUGGUGUUGUAUUUAAUUAUAUUAAUUGACUACAAACAAUAUUUUGAAAUGGUUUUUUCAUCUAAAAUUACCAAUAUAAAUCAAAAUUUAAUAUUAUCAAGUAUUAUGAAAUAUAAAGUGUUUUUAAAUAUUUUUAAUUGUAAAUAAAAUUUCAUAAAACAACAGAUUAUUUUUUUAAUUAAGGUUUAAAUGAUUCGAAUUUAUCUGUCUAAUUUAAUAUAUAAUGAAUAUAUUUUUCCUUAUAACUGAAUUUUUUUCAGAGUGUAUUAUAAGUGAAUAAUAGUAAGUUAGCUUCUUAAUGUUCCUUAUACAGUUUUAAAAUAUUUGUUAUUAAGGCUUAUGUAUUAUUAAUAACCCAACCUGUAACAAAACAUGUAGUGUACUAUUUUUAUUGUAUGAAUAAGUGUAAUAGUGACAUUGCUUAUUUUUGUUUUAUUUAUUAUUUUUUGUACUUCUGUUAGAUUUAUGUUGUUGAAUUGUUUAUUUUUUAUUUAUUUUUCAUAUUGAUUGGGUG